CCGGCUCUCCGGAAGGAGACGUGGCGGCGGUUGGGCCCCCGGCUGCCUGGGUGCUUAGAAGUCCCGCCGCCUCCUCCUCCUCCUCCCCCUCCUCUCCUCUAUGGGAAGAGGAGGUUGUGGCGGCGGCUGGAGAAAUCGGCAGCGGAGGAUGGAGGAAGGAGGAGGCGGCGCGCGUAGUCUGGUCGCAGGCGGGCCGGUGUUAUUGGUCCUCUGCGGCCUCCUAGAGGCGUCCGGUGGCGGCCGAGCGCUCCCCCAGCUCAGCGAUGACAUCCCUUUCCGAGUCAACUGGCCCGGCACCGAGUUCUCUCUGCCUACAACUGGAGUUUUGUAUAAAGAAGAUAAUUACGUCAUCAUGACAACUACACAUAAAGAAAAAUAUAAAUGCAUUCUGCCCCUUGUGACAAAUGGGGAUGAGGAAGAAGAAAAGGAUUAUAAAGGCCCUAAUCCAAGAGAGCUAUUGGAGCCGCUAUUUAAACAAAGCAGUUGUUCCUACAGAAUUGAGUCUUAUUGGACUUACGAAGUAUGUCAUGGAAAACACAUUCGACAAUACCAUGAAGAGAAAGAAAGUGGUCAGAAAGUAAAUAUUCACGAGUACUACCUUGGGAAUAUGUUGGCUAAGAACCUUCUAUCUGAAAAAGAUCAAGAGUCAGAUGAAAAGGAAAAAUCAAAAGAGAUUCCCACUAAAAAUAUCGAAGGUCAGAUGACACCCUACUAUCCUGUGGGAAUGGGAAAUGGUACACCUUGUAGUUUGAAACAGAACCGGCCCAGAUCAAGUACAGUGAUGUACAUAUGUCAUCCUGAAUCUAAGCAUGAAAUUCUUUCAGUAGCUGAAGUUACAACUUGUGAAUAUGAAGUUGUCAUUUUGACACCACUCUUGUGCAAUCAUCCUAAAUAUAGAUUCAGAGCAUCCCCUGUGAAUGACAUAUUUUGCCAGUCCCUGCCAGGAUCACCAUUCAAACCCCUCACCCUGAGGCAAUUGGAACAGCAGGAAGAAAUAUUAAGGGUGCCUUUCAGGAGAAAUAAAGAGGAAGAGUUGCAAUCCACUAAAGAAGAGAGAUUUCCAGCAAUCCACAAACCCAUUGCUGUUGGUUCUCAGCCUAUGCUCACUGUUGGAACAACCCACAUAUCCAAAUUGACAGAUGACCAACUCAUAAAAGAGUUCCUUAGUGGUUCCUACUGCUUUCAUGGGGGCGUUGGUUGGUGGAAAUAUGAAUUCUGCUAUGGCAGACAUGUACAUCAAUACCAUGAGGACAAAGAUAGUGGGAAGACCUCUGUGGUUGUGGGUACAUGGAACCAAGAAGAGCAUAUUGAAUGGGCUAAGAAGAAUACUGCUAGAGCCUAUCACCUUCAAGAUGAUGGUACCCAGACAGUCAGGUGUAAAGAAUCAGAUUCUCCUCAUGCUGUUACUGUGUAUAUGCUAGAGCCUCACUCCUGUCAGUAUAUCCUUGGGGUUGAAUCUCCAGUGAUCUGUAAAAUCUUAGAUACAGCAGAUGAAAAUGGACUUCUUUCUCUCCCCAACUAAAGGAUAAUAAAGUUUAGGGAAAGAAAAGAUCAUUGACAGUCAUGAUUUCUGUCCAACCAUGUGUCUCAUUGUAGAGUUCUCAGCCAUUGAACCUCAUCUAAAGGAUCGUAUAAAAGGACUCUCAACCACUUUGUGAAUAUGUAUGUGUAUAUAAGAGGUUAUCGAUAAACUUCUAAGGCAGAUAAUUGUCUCACUUCUUUCAUUUUUGUUGUGUCUUAUAAACUGAUUGUAUUUCUUGCUUGGAUAAUGUGAUUCCAAAAUAAAUCUCAUCCAAGCAAUUCACAGUCCAGCCUAAUGAAAGAUCAUAAUUGUACCUAUUGAAAGUUUUUAAAUAAUAGAUUUAUUAUGUAAAUUAUAGUAUAUAUAACUAGUUAAUGAACUAAAGAUAAUGAAGAAGGAAAUUGAUAGGUUGUUUAAAUCGGAGGUUGUUUAAAUCGGAGACCAUGUAAAAUAUGUAAAUUCUAGUGCCUGAAAUCCUUUCAACAAAUUUUUAUUUACAACUGCUCUCUACCAGGUAUUAAACUAGAAACUGGGCACAUAAUAGAGCCUCACAACAUUUAAGUUUUCUUCACUUCUGUUAAUCUCAAGAAACUCUUACUUGUAAGAGGUUGUUUCUCUCUUGGAACUUUUAAUCUGUUUCUUUCUCCCUGAUGUGAAUGUGUUUUUCCCCGAGGUAUAUGCACCUCGUGUAGACAGACAUUCUUCUCUCUUGACUUAGAAUGGUUUACUCCAACGAAACACACUGUGCUGGCCAGCCUUUAUACUUGCCUGCUGUAUACUACAGAUUUUAGUUCUGGACAGUUUUACAGCACAAUAUUUAUUUUGAAGUGAAUAAAAAGUUCACAAGCAGCGUU